AUGUGUGCAACCGUCAUCUUCGUCACUCCCACUCCAUCCGUCGUUGCUCUAUCGCCACCUCCAUCUCAAUCUGUUUUCCUGAUUAGCAAGGCCGCUAGCAGCGUUUUCUGCAACCGGAGACCUCGAGGGCAGCCGGGAAACCAGCUAGGAGAAGCUUCGAAGACCCAGGAUCAACAACAAACAGCAGACCACCUUUGGGGUGCUGCCGGAUUCGCACCUCCACCUCCACUUCACCAUUUCUGUCCGAAGGUGGGUUGCCACCGUUGUUGCGGUUCCACCGACGACAAUGACCACAAGAAGCUGCCACCUUUCACUUCUCCUUCCUCAACCAUCAACGACGAUGAGUCUCACGUUGAGGCUGAUUGUGUGAGCCGCCGUCGGGACCAUUUCUUCCAUCAUCGUGAGCCACCAGGGACCACCAUGGCCACUAGCCAUGGUGGCUGCCACCAUCAACCACCGCUCGUUGCCACAAGGCUGGUCGGAUGUGUUAAAGAAAAUCCAUCACCACCACCGUUAGGUGGUGGCUGCUACCUCCUUCCGCCGUUGGCCGCCAUGUUGUGUGGUGUUGGGCUUUGCCUUAGUAUGUUUGAUACGGUUGGGAUGCUUGAAACCCUAAUGGGCCCAAUGAAGCACUUAUAG